AUGGACGUCUCACAGGCCGUAUCUGGCUAUAUCUCGAAGAUUGUUGCGCCUUCUGCUGAUGCCUCUUCGACCAAAAUGAAAAUAUUACUUUUGGACAGAGAGACCGUGUCCAUUAUCUCAACAGCCGUCACUCAGUCAUCACUGCUCAACCACGAAGUAUAUCUCAUUGAUCGCUUGGAUAAUGCCAACCGGGAGAAAAUGCGCCACCUACGGUGCCUGUGCAUGAUUCGUCCGUCAGCUGAGAGCAUCCAGCUCCUAAUAGAUGAGCUACGCGACCCAAAAUAUGGCGAAUACUACCUGUACUUCACCAAUGUCGCGAAGAAGUCGUCCCUGGAGCGACUCGCCGAAGCAGAUGACCACGAGGUUGUAAAGCUAGUGCAAGAGCAUUUUGCGGACUAUACUGUUAUCAACUCCGAUUUGUUCUCACUCUCAAUUUCGCUUCCAGACAGGCGCGUUUGGGGCCCCAACCCAGACACUUGGAAUUCUGAGUCUCUCCAGCGAAGCUCUGAAGGUCUGCUAGCGGUUUUGUUAUCCCUGAAGAAAAAACCCCUCAUACGAUACCAGAAAAGCAGUCCGCUGGCUAAGAAGCUGGCAUCCGAAGUGCGCUAUCUCAUUUCUCAGGAGGAGCAGCUGUUCGACUUUCGAAAAGUUGACACACCUCCGAUACUUCUUGUUCUCGACAGGCGGGAAGACCCGGUAACGCCUUUGCUCACGCAAUGGACCUAUCAAGCUAUGGUUCAUCACCUUCUGGGCAUCCAGAACGGUCGAGUUGACCUCAGCAAAGUUCCAGACAUAAGACCGGAGCUAAAGGAAAUUGUCCUAUCCCAAGACCAGGAUCCUUUUUUCAAGAAGAAUAUGUUUCUGAACUUUGGUGAUCUAGGCUCUACAAUAAAAGACUAUGUGGAGCAAUAUCAGUCUAAGACCAAAAACAAUGACAAUAUUGAGUCAAUAUCCGACAUGAAACGGUUCAUAGAAGAGUAUCCCGCGUUCCGUAAACUCUCGGGUAACGUCAGCAAGCAUGUUACCCUGGUGUCUGAGCUGAGCCGAAAAGUAACAUCGGGAAAGCUGUUGGAAGUGAGCGAGCUUGAGCAAAGCCUUGCUUGCAAUGAGAACCAUAAUGCCGACCUUAAGAAUAUUCAAACCUUAAUACAAACACCCAACAUCACAGCCCAUGCAAAGGUUGGCUUGGUAACGCUUUAUGCCUUGCGGUAUCACAAGCAACCUUCGAAUGCGAUAUCAAUGCUAGUAGACCUUCUAGUUGCAGCCGGUGGCGUGUCAGAGUCGCAGGCUAGUCUGGUUAACAAGACAUUGACCUACCAUCUAUCUCUUCACACUUCCCCAUCUCAGGGUGGAAUUGCCGACAUAUUCGACUCGGCUGGCAUCUUUUCUGGUGCUUCAAGCAGAUUUAAAGGCCUGAAGGGAGUAGAAAACGUGUAUACCCAGCACACAUCCCUGCUGGAAAGCACACUCCAAAGCCUAAUCAAAGGCCGCCUGAAGGAGCAACAGUAUCCAUUUGUGGAAGGCGGAGGAACAACGCGAGAUAAGCCACAGGAUGUUAUUGUUUUUAUCGUGGGUGGUGCAACAUACGAGGAAGCGAAGAUGAUUGCAGGUAUUAACGCAACGACGCCAGGUGUGCGCGUGGUUCUGGGCGGCACUUCGAUCCAGAAUGCUGCAAGUUUCUUCGAGGAAGUCAACGACGCAGUCACCUCCUGGCCCAUGGCGACCAGCCGCAGAUGA